AUGUCAGGUAACAGAGAGCAGGUAUUUCCCACCCGUAUGACAUUGGGUGUCAUGAAGACCAAGUUAAAGGGUGCUAAUCAAGGGCAUUCUUUAUUGAAACGUAAGUCUGAAGCCUUGACUAAACGUUUCCGUGAUAUUACCAAGAGAAUUGAUGAAGCCAAGCAAAAAAUGGGCCGUGUAAUGCAAACAGCAGCAUUCUCAUUAGCAGAAGUUUCAUAUGCUACUGGUGAAAAUAUUGGUUACCAAGUACAAGAGAGUGUCUACAAUGCUAGAUUCAAGGUCAGAGCUCGUCAAGAUAAUGUCAGUGGUGUCUAUUUACCACAAUUUGAAUCAUAUAUUGAUAAAAGUAUCAAUGAUUUUAAAUUAACUGGUCUAGGUCGUGGUGGUCAGCAAGUCCAACGUGCAAAGGAAAUAUAUUCAAAGGCAGUAGAGACAUUAGUAGAACUAGCAUCUUUACAAACUGCAUUCAUUAUAUUAGACGAAGUUAUUAAGGUUACAAAUAGAAGAGUCAACGCCAUUGAGCAUGUUAUCAUCCCAAGAACUGAAAAUACAAUUGCAUACAUCAAUAGUGAAUUGGAUGAAAUGGAUAGAGAAGAAUUUUAUAGACUGAAAAAAGUGCAGGAAACUAAACAAAAACAAACUGCUAAAUUGGAUGAAGAACUAAAAGCAAAGAUGGCAGAAGAAGCUGCAAAAUCUGGAAAUAACGAGUCCACCAAUGAAGAAGAAGCAGAAACGGAAACAGAAGGAACAAUGACUAUUCAAACAGAAAAUGAAAGUACUAAUGAUCUUGUAGCUGACAAUGAGGAAGAUGUUAUCUUUUAA